AUGGAUAAUCUUAUACAAAACUACACGAGUAUAUGGGGCCAAAAGUUACAACAGAGUGGAGAGCGGCUCCUAGACUAUGCUUCUACUGUGAUCAAUCUGGAGGGGAAUAAUACAAAUAGAGAUGAUACCAAUGAAGAGCAGAAUAUUGAAAAUGAUGAAGGGUCGAGCGGUUUGAUACAAGAUAUUGCCAAUAGAGAUGUGGAGAUAUUAUCUCAGGAAGGCGAAUCUCUCGAU